CACAACUGGACUCCUCCCACGCGCACCCGUAGCAACUCUGGUGUUCCUCCUAUGUUCUGGUCAAAGCGGUUCAACGCGCGAAUCCAGUCAACUACUGUAGCCCUAUCCCUCAUCUCUCUUUCAAAAACGGAAAAGGAAGACGAUAUUACAUUGAAAUAAUGACCACCGCUGCCGGUAAAGAAAUGUCCAACUGAAACUCUGAACGGUUGUGCUAGAAGUGAACAGGUAGGCUAUGACGCCCGUGUGGAAACAACGGUUCGGAUGCGGUUACGCGGCGCCAGGCACGAGAUGGAGAGCGGCAUGUCAGUCAAGAGAUUCCUCCCUCUCUAAACGUAUGGGGGGUAUUCCUCACCCUCAGGCCUGGCCCUCCCUCCCCCUCCCCCACCCCCUCCCUCCAGCCACUAGGACACAUCUCCCUAGUCCUUUUCCAGUCUUCCACACUCGUCAUGCUGAGCAGAGUGCCGAGCGACCACGCUUGGUUACUGUGGUCCGACCAUGCGGUCACAGCACCCUCAGGAAGGUGACAUUGCUGUUGAAUCGUAGGAGCGUGGUCUCGUACGAGCAGCUUCUAUUGGACGUCUCCGAGGCGCUGGGGUUCCCUCGCUGGCACAGGGCCAGAGUCACACGCCUCUACACACCACACGCACGAGAGGUGCGGGGUGUGUGUGAUUUCUUCCGUGGCGAAGCAGCGUUCCUGGCAUUGGGAAAGUCUCGUCCAGAGCUCCGGAGUGUCGAGGAGGCCCUGGAGGAGCUGUUUCCACAACAUUCCUGUUACCGCAACGACGCACUCCAGGCCUGGGAGAGGAGGUUACAACCUUCACCUGAUAAAGCUGCCAAGGCCGACAGCGGAUACAGCGAGGGGACAGACAUACACACACACCCUGACAAGGAUACACACACAAGCCUCGACACGAACACACAGACAUACAGUGUUACAUACACACAGGGAUGCAACCUGGACACACACACACAUACACACCAAGACACACUGACACAACCCAAUACACACCCCAAAACACUGACACACCACAAUACACACCCAAACAGGCACUCCACACACAAAAACAAACACCCAACUAGACAGCCCAUACACCCUAUUCACACACACCUCGACACGGAUGCGCACACACAUAGACACCCUAACACGCAUUCUAACCAACACGCCACACACCCCUCUCACCCCCCCAAUCACCUUCAGAGGGUCAAAGUGAAAGUUGCAGCCAGAGAGAUUCUCUCCUCACCGAUAGGUCCCCCCACCCAGGAGGAGGAGCUAGACACGCCCCCUACUCCACUCUGCAGGAACUGUAAGCCUUCUGAAGGACCCAAUCCGAGAGCAGGGAGGGCUCCACUUCCUCCCGUAACCAGGAAGCAAACAGGAAACAGACCAAACGACAAGGAAGUAGAGAAACCUCACGUCGGUCCCACUCCACUCCACACUGGACCAAUCUGCAGGCUUGAUGAGGAGUCCCUCAGCCAAUCAGAACCUUCAUCCUCAGAGUCUAAACAGGAAGAGGCGAGGACUAAACAGGAAGUGAUAUUUGACCUCCCAUCUGAUGGUAGUGAUGUCACCCUGUCAGACAUUGAGCGUUGCUAUGACAUUGGCCGCAUGGUCGGAGACGGGAACUUUGCUGUUGUGCACGAGUGUCAUCGGCGCGACAAUGGGGAAGCCUUCGCUGUGAAGAUUGUGGAGCACUCAAAGCUCAUUGGCCGAGAGCACAUGAUGCAGAAUGAGCUGAGCCUUCUGGGUAGCCUGUCACACCCCCGCGUGGUUCGCCUCUUCACACACCACCACACACACACACACUCCUAUCUUGUCAUGGAGAUGGUUGCCGGGGGCGACCUGUUUGAGGCAAUCGCGGUCCGUGGGAAGUUUCCAGAAGAGGAGGCAGGGCUGAUGGUGUGUGAUGUCAGCGAGGCUCUGAGAUACAUCCACAGCAAGACCAUAGUACAUAGAGAUCUGAAACCUGAAAACCUACUGGUGGAAUGCAGUAGUGAUGGCGUCAGUAGGUUGAAGCUGGGUGAUUUUGGUCUGGCCAUGGUUGUAACAGAACCCAUCUUCACUGUGUGUGGAACUCCCACCUAUGUCGCCCCGGAGAUCCUCUCAGAGACAGGGUAUGGUCUGCCAGUAGACCUGUGGGCAUUGGGAGUGAUACUGUACGUCCUUCUCUGUGGGUUCCCUCCGUUCCGGAGCAGAGACCGAGACCAAGGGGAGCUGUUCCAGAUGAUCAGAGAGGCUCACCUCACCUUCCUGUCACCUUACUGGGAUGACAUCUCAGACGGAGCGCGAGGCCUGGUGAAAGCCUUGCUGCAGGUGGAUCCAACAGAAAGACUGACGGCAGCUCAGACACUUAUGCACCCCUGGAUUCAGACCACCACUGACCAGUACAGACCAACACAGAUCAGUACUGACCAGCAGAGCCCAGCACAGCUGAGCAAAGGCCAACACAGACAUGAACCGAUCAGUGCAAACCAGCAGAGCCCAGCAAAGACCAGCACAAAACACUACAGACCAGUACAGAGUCCAACCACAGACCAGUUCCGACCAGCACAGACCGCUACAGAACACCACAGACCAGUACCAACCCCAGACCAACAGCGACCACCACACCCAAUCCCACCAGCGCACCACCCACCCACCCAGCCAGCCCCAUCUCCUCACUCCAGCACCCAGCCAGCCCCAUCUCCUCACUCCAGCACCCAGCCAGCCCCAUCUCCUUACUCCAGCACCCAGUCAGCCCCAUCUCCUCACUAUAGCACCCAGCAGGACCCAUCUCCUCACUCCAGCACCCAGCCAGCCCCAUAUCCUUACUCCAGCACUCAGCCAGCCCCAUCUCCUCACUCCACCACCCAGCCAGCCCCAUUUCCUCACUCCAGCACCCAGCCAGCCCCAUCUCCUCACUCCACCACCCAGCCAGCCCCAUCUCCUCACUCCAUCACCCAUCCAGCCCCAUCUCCUCACUCCAGCACCCAGCCAGCCCCAUCAUCUCACUCCACCACCCAGCCAGCCCCAUCUCCUCACUCCACCACCCAGCCAGCCCCAUCUCCUCACUCCAGCACCCAGCCAGCCCCAUCAUCUCACUCCACCACCCAGCCAGCCCCAUCAUCUCACUCCACCACCCAGCCAGCCCCAUCUCCUCACUCCACCACCCAGCCAGCCCCAUCUCCUCACUCCAGCACCCAGCCAGCCCCAUCUCCUCACUCCAGCACCCAGCCAGCCCCAUCUCCUCACUCCACCACCCAGCCAGCCCCAUCUCCUCACUCCACCACCCAGCCAGCCCCAUCUCCUCACUCCACCACCCAGCAGGACCCAUCUCUUCACUCCACCCCCCAGCAGGACCCAUCAACUGCUCCCCAGCCCCCGGCAGUAGCACCUCUCAACCGCCCCACCCAAUUUCCCCACCCUCCAUCCUAUCCACAGCAACAUCCAAACCCAGCUGCCACCCACCUGGCAGAACCUCUCAAUCUGCCCUCACACUCCACCCAGCCUCCAUCCCUCCACCCACCCACCCUGCCUCCUCUCAACACCCACCCAUUCCCAGCCGAAUACCCACCCAGUCCCAGCACGCAGUGUCCCACCCCUCAACAGCAACACCCAAGCCCCACUUCCCCUCAACCCUUCCUCCUGAAUGAUGGGGUUCCUGAAACUUGAAACGCUUCUCCAGGAAUUGAAAAGAUCUGGUAUUCUGCACAGACCCUGGUCAGGAUUGUGUAUCUGGAACUCACCAAUUGUCAUACACUGAUGUUCAGUUCCAUUCCAAUAAAAUAGUCAUCAACAACUUUACCAUUUAGGUUGUAGUAUUUAGUUCAGUAGAUUAUCUAGCAUAACAGAUAACUCUAAUAUUUUCAAUACAUGUUUUUUUCUGACAAUGUGUGUAUUACACACACUUCCCCUUUGUACUGCACUAACAAUAAAUAACUUUGUACUGAC